AGCCGGGACUCGGCGCGCGGGAUACGGCUCCGGCCGCGGGCUCCGCUCGGCGGGGCGGGAGCGGGCCCGCCCGCUGGGGCCCGGGCCCUCCGGAUCCGCCCCCUCCGCGGGCCCGCCCCCUCGGAGCCUCCUCGGGCUGCUGUGGGGCUGCGCGGGUGGCCAGGGGCCCGCGGUCCGGGCGCCAUGCGGGCAUCGCUGCUGCUGUCGGUGCUGCGGCCCGCGGGGCCCGUGGCCGUGGGCAUCUCGCUGGGCUUCACCCUGAGCCUGCUCAGCGUCACCUGGGUGGAGGAGCCGUGCGGCCCCGGGCCGCCCCAACCCGGAGACUCGGAGCUGCCGCCGCGCGGCAACACCAACGCGGCUCGCCGGCCCAACUCGGUGCAGCCCGGAGCGGAGCGCGACAGGCCCGGGGCCGCCGGCGGCGCGGGGGAGAACUGGGAACCGCGAGUCCUGCCUUACCGCCCCGCACAGCCCGGCCAGGCCGCCAAAAAGGCCGUCAGGACCCGCUACAUCAGCACGGAGCUGGGCAUCAGGCAGAGGCUGCUGGUGGCAGUGCUGACCUCACAGGCCACGUUGCCCACACUGGGCGUGGCUGUGAACCGCACCCUAGGGCACCGGCUGGAGCGUGUGGUGUUCCUGACGGGCGCACGGGGCCGCCGGACCCCGCCGGGCAUGGCCGUGGUGACCCUGGGUGAGGAGCGGCCCAUCGGGCACCUGCACCUGGCACUGCGCCACCUGCUGGAGCAGCACGGCGACGACUUUGACUGGUUCUUCCUGGUACCUGACUCCACUUACACCGAGGCGCACGGCCUGGCACGCCUCGCCGGCCGCCUCAGCCUGGCCGCCGCCGCCCACCUCUACCUGGGCCGGCCCCAGGAGUUCAUCGGCGGAGAGCCCACGCCGGGCCGCUACUGCCACGGCGGCUUCGGAGUGAUGCUGUCGCGCACGCUGCUGCAGCAGUUGCGCCCUCACCUGGAAGGCUGUCGCAACGACAUCGUCAGCGCCCGCCCGGAUGAGUGGCUGGGACGCUGUAUCCUGGAUGCCACUGGGGUGGGCUGCUCCAGCGACCAGGAGGGGUCACGCUACAGCUACCUAGAGCUGAGCCCUGGGGAGCCAGUCCAGGAAGGGGAUCCCCGCUUCCGCAGUGCCCUGACAGCCCAUCCUGUGCGGGACCCCAUACACAUGUACCAGCUGCACAAGGCCUUUGCCAGGGCUGAGCUGGAACGCACAUACCAAGAGAUCCGUGAGCUGCAGUGGGAAAUCCUGAACACCAGCCGCCUGGCAGCUGACGGUGAGCGGGCGGCUUCCUGGCCCGUGGGCAUCCCUGCGCCCUCGCGCCCAGCUUCCCGCUUUGAGGUGCUGCGCUGGGACUACUUCACGGAGCAGCACGCCUUCUCCUGCGCCGACGGCUCGCCCCGCUGUCCACUUCGCGGGGCCGAUCAGGCGGAUGUGGCGGACGUCCUGGGUGCCGCCCUGGAGGAACUCAACCGGCGCUACCACCCGGCGCUGCGGCUGCAGAAGCAACAGCUGCUGAACGGCUACCGGCGCUUCGACCCGGCACGCGGGAUGGAGUAUACGCUGGACCUGCGCCUCGAGGCGCUGACCCCGCAGGGCGGCCGCCGGCCCCUCACCCACCGGGUGCAGCUGCUGCGGCCGCUGAGCCGCGUGGAGAUCCUGCCGGUGCCCUAUGUCACCGAGGCCUCCCGGCUCACGGUCCUGCUGCCUCUGGCAGCGGCCGAGCGCGACCUGGCGCCAGGCUUCCUGGAGGCGUUCGCCGCCGCGGCCCUGGAGCCCGGGGACGCAGCGGCCCUGACCCUGCUGCUGCUGUACGAGCCGCGCCAGGCACAGCGGGCCGCGCACGCCGACGUCUUCGCCCCAGUCAAGGCCCACGUGGCGGAGCUGGAGCGCCGCUUCCCAGGCGCCCGCGUGCCCUGGCUCAGUGUGCAGACAGCCGCGCCCGCCCCGCUGCGCCUCAUGGAUCUGCUCUCUAAGAAGCACCCUCUGGACACGCUGUUUCUCCUGGCCGGGCCAGACACAGUGCUCACCCCUGACUUCAUGAACCGCUGCCGCAUGCACGCCAUCUCUGGCUGGCAGGCCUUCUUCCCCAUGCACUUCCAGGCCUUCCACCCGGCUGUGGCGCCACCCCAGGGGCCCGGGCCACCUGAGCUGGGCCGCGACUCGGGGCGCUUCGACCGCCAGGCGGCCAGUGAGGCCUGCUUCUACAACUCCGACUAUGUGGCGGCCCGCGGGCGCCUGGCAGCCGCCUCCGAACAAGAAGAGGAGCUGCUGGAGAGCCUGGACGUGUACGAGUUGUUCCUGCGCUACUCCAGCCUGCACGUGCUGCGCGCCGUGGAGCCGGCCCUGCUGCAGCACUACCGGGCCCAGAUGUGCAGUGCCCGGCUCAGCGAGGGCCUGUACCACCGCUGCCGCCAGAGCGUGCUCGAGGGCCUCGGCUCCCGAACCCAGCUUGCCAUGCUGCUCUUCGAGCAAGAGCAAGGCAACAGCACCUGAUCCGCCCUGGGCCCCCUGAGCCCUAGGCCUAGCCACACCCUGCCCACCCCCUCUCCCCACCAGGGGCCGCCUGCUAGCC